AUGAGUGUGUUUCGCGCCCUCUUUCUUUCUGCGUCCGCCGCAUGUAUUGUAGCAGCAAACGCGCCACAGCUUUCGGAUCCCUCUCAAACAUGCGCGCUUCUGAAGCAAGCCCACCCGAAUACUACGUUGCUGCCCGAAGACGCGGGGUACAAAGCCGAAAAUGAAGGAUCAUGGUCGUCCGCUGCUUGGCUUAGUCCUGCCUGCGUUGUUACGCCAGCGUGUGCAACCGAACUCUCCUCGAUCAUCAAAACUCUUGUGAAGACAUCCACCCGCUUCUCCAUGCGCGGAGGUGGUCACAUGCCCAUCGCGGAUGCUGCAAACAUCAAUUCUACCGGCGUUCUUAUCUCCAGUAGCAACCUCAAGACGCUUCAACUAUCUGAAGACAAGGAGACUAUGUCCAUAGGUCCUGGCCCGCGUUGGGGAGAUGUUUUCGAGUACAUGGAUGGCUCAAACUUGACCAUCGUUGGAGGACGUCUAGCACCCGUCGGCGUUCCAGGUCUAUUGCUUGGAGGAGGCAUAAGCUACUACAGCUACAACCUGGGUCUCGGAGCCUCAAAUGGGAAGAUCAAGGCUUAUGAGGCGGUCCUCGCAAACGGUACAAUCGUCACCGUUACAGCCGACAACGAAUAUUCUGAUCUCCACUGGGCCCUUGCUGGUGGUGGAAACUCUUUCGCCUUGAUCACGCGCUUCGAUCUCCAGACCUUCUAUGCACCGACACCUCUCGUAGCGAACGCGGUGUACGGCGAUACCAACGAGACUCGUGAUGCGUACAUCGACGCCCUCGUCAAUUUCGCCAACAACGGUGACCAAGAUACCGGCGCUGCUGUCACACCCGUUGCCCGCUGGGGCCCCAACUACACGGCCCCUUCUUACGAAUCAACUCUCUUCUUCAAUGGCACGACUGCGCCGACCUCCGGUCCCUUCGCCGAAUUUUACUCCGGGACUACGUUGAAGGCAAUCAAUGACUCCUCAACCCUCCAGCCAACAACCCUCGCCCAGAUCUCCAAAGCUAUGCGGCCAGCCUUCGCGCCCGGUGGCGCGGGAUACGGCUUCAGGCAAAAGUUCCGCGUUGUCCCGAUCAAGGCAACCACGGAGGCGGCCAGGAUCGUGCACGACAACUUCUUCAACUCGCUCGCCGCCAACGGCCUCGCGAACCGCGCCCCAGGCUUCUUCACCGGCCUCGCGUUCAACGCCGUCACCCCCACGAUGGCGCGUCAGUCGGCCGGCAUGCCCCAGAAUGUUCCACAGGAGCCUGCAUUUUGGGUCGAGCAGUCGGUGUCUUGGUCUGAUGCUGCCAACGACGCCGAGAUCGAGGAGUGGCUGGUCAGCGCGGACGCUGCCAUGGACGAGGCGUUGCAGAAGAUAAAUGGCACGAGUCAGUAUUUGUACCUCAACGACGCGGACGCUGGGCAGGCGGUCUUUGAGAGCUAUGGCAAGGAGAGCGUGGACAGGCUCAAGGAGAUCAGGGAGAAGUAUGACCCCAACAAGGUCUACACUGAACUGAUGCCUGGAGGCUUCAAGGUCGAUGCUGUUGAGGACAUGGAAUGA